AUGCAACUCGGUCUUUCGGAAACACUGCCUGCGCUGGUGGCAAGACGCUUUACUGCUGCCAAAGAUGCCGGCCAUCUCGUCUUCUCCUCGACUCAUAUGUCCAUCAUCAAUGCCGCAGGGAUAUCGUACCAACUCCGUUACUGCCCGGCCCUCGCGAAGAAACCCUCAAACCUGAAACCCGACAAUGGCCCAAAGACACCAAAGAUCGAUCCCUUCGAGAAUCCAUCUCCAGAACUGCUGAUCGCCCAGUUCCCAGCCGGGAACCCCGCCUACAACCUCAUCCUCAACAAGUUCCCAGUCAUCCCGAACCACUUCCUCCUUGUGACAAAGGACUGGCAAGCGCAGACGGAUAUCCUCGAGCAGACAGAUCUGGAAGCUACAUACGAGUGUCUGAAAGCCUGGAACACCAACAGCGAUGGGUCACGAUCGGCCAGCUCUCCGAAGAGCCUCUUCGCCUUCUUCAAUUCCGGCGACGACAGCGGCGCAAGCCAACCACACCGCCAUCUCCAAUUCCUCCCCGUCGAAGCAAUGCGCCAACCCGGCUCGGAGUCCUGGCAGCCGUUGAUCGACCUCCUCGCCUCCCAACCCACCUCCCCUUCCCCGUCAUCAACACCCAAGUUCCAGCACCUGUCCGGGCUCCCCUUCGCCCAUUUCGCACUCCCGAUCCCACCAAACCCCUCCCCCGAGACCAUCUAUGCCAUAUAUCUAGCCCUCUACAAGGCCGCCGUUGCAGCGACGCACGGUCAAUCUCCGAGUCAGGACACUGAGCCCCACCCCAAAGGACCAGCGUCUAUAAGCUACAACCUGGCGAUGACCGAAUCGACGAUGAUGAUCUGCCCGCGCAAACAGGAGACCGCGCUCGUUCCAGUCGACACCGCGACGGCGCGCGAGAUCGUCGAUCCAGGCGUCGUCUCGCUGAAUGGCACCAUUCUUGCCGCGACGCUGAUGGUCAAGGCCGAGGGCGAGUGGAAUUCUUUGCGGGAGAACCCGGAGCAUUUGACGCAGGUCCUGGCUACUGUUGGGUAUCCUCGCACGGAUGCUCGUGGGCCUUCGCUGUGA